AUGGAGGCUGACAUGCAGAGGGCUAUGCUCGUGCAUGAGCACAACAAGAAGAAAGCAUUGGAGCCCCGGGUCACGGAACCCAUCAUACUCCCAGAGAAGAAGAUCGAGCCAACCCCACAGAGAGUGACAAGUCCUGCGCCAGAGCCGAAGACAGAGUCCCAGGCUGAGGGGCAGGCCGAGCCACAAACUGCGACGCAGCUAAACUCCACAGCCGCCGCCAUUGCAUCCUACGGCUUCACCUACGACAUGAGUGCGCUCUAUGCCGCCUAUGGCCUGGGCAUGCCAACUGUGAACACCAUGAGUGCUGUCAACAUGAUGCCCGGAUAUUCUUUUCCAGCAGCUGCAGAUGUCGCAACAGCCAUGGCCCAAUCGCAAGGUGCAGUGGCUGCAACUGGCGUGGCAGACACUGUUGCCGUGGCAGGCACUGUGGCAUCCGAAGCCCCCACUUCUUCCAAAGCGGCCGCGCCCGGGCCGGAACCUGCGUCUCGGGAGGAGACGCUGGGAGCAGCGAUGGCCAAGUCCGGCAUGGCCGUGGGCCCCAAGCGCGCCGCAGGGGUGACCCCGGCUGUGGCCGGUGCAGCCACUGCAGUCACACCGGUCACUGUUGCACCAAAGGUGGUUCCUGCUAGGCAGCCGGCGAAGGCCAAGUCCAUAACCCCGGGUCCUGGUCUCGCUGCGCCGGCAGCGACCGUGAUGCCCGCGGUAGUUCCGGCAGCAGCACUGAAUGUAGUUCCGGCAGCAGCACUGAAUCCGGCGCCCGCAACAGUGCCCCCCAAGUCCGCAGCAGUGGCAGUGUCGGCGACAGUGCCGGCGGUGGUGCCUGGCGCAGACCUGCUGAGCAAGUCCAAGUCUGCGGCGACCGCCCAAGCUGCGGUCGAAGCCCAGCAGCUUGCCGACAGGAGUCAGCCGGUGUUUCCAAAACACCCUCAGUACUCGCCACCCCCGAAGGCUGCCCCUACACCUGCGCCAGCCCAUGAGCCAGCCGUGGCUCAGCAUCACAUGGCAUUCAAGUCAGCGCCCCCUACGGCGUACCAGGAGACACAAUCGUUUCAGAAGGCAGCCCCGCAGCAGCCAACUUUUCAAGACAACCUUGCUCAGCAGGCGCAGGCGCGGGCCAAAGCAGCACCCCAAGUGCACGAGCAGGCAUACAAGCAAGCACAUGCUCAGCAGCCGGAGCAGCAGCCGUACCCUCAGAUGCAUGCCGAGCACUAUCAGCAAGCAGACUCCAACGCGUAUCAGCAGGCCUACCAGCAAGCAGAUUCCCAGGCGUAUCAACAGCAUGCACACCAGCAGACGCAGGCUGCCCAGCAAGCAUCUUCGACGCAGCCAUCUUUUCCACAGCUCUAUCCGAAUGCGUACCAAGCGCAACAGGAGCAUCCGCAACAGCAGCAGCAACCCACACAACAAUACCAUCAACACCAACAGCAUCACCAGCAACCACAACACCAGUACCAACAUCCGCAGCAAGCACAAGAGCACUCCCAGUACCAUCCGGAGCAAGCCUCCCACGAGACGCCCCAGACUCGCGUCCAGGCCUUCUCCUUAAAAGAUCGGCCGAAAGCGAGCUCUGAGGAGGAUCACCAGAUGCAGAUGCAGAAGUUCCUUACCAGCGCCAAGACGGCCGCGAAAACCGACAGCGACGCGCCUUGGAAGCGGCAGCGCACUGCCUUCUCCGACCGCGACCGGGGCCAAGAGCAGCAUCGCGGCUGGGAGCGAGAGCCCCGCGAGCGAGACCAUGCCAGGGACCGCGACCAGCGCGAGCCCCCCAGGAGCCGGGAUCGCGAUCGAGACCGGGACGGCCGGGACGGCAGGGACGGCCGGGACGGCCGGGACGGCCGGGACCGGGACCGGGAUGGUCGACACUCGCGGCACCGCGACUCCAGGGCUGACGAG